AUGCUUAGGGAAAAAGGUGUAGUAGCCGAUUGUAGGCUCGCCGGCCUCGCCUCGGGUGGGGAGGUCUCUUUGGGGAUUGCCACUCAAACCAGCCCCAAAACCCCUCGAUCGCAGGUCGUGCCUGGCCAGAGCCCCAACUUUGAACGGCGAGAAUCAGUUGCUUUUGCGAGGACCAGGCCAUUUUCCCUUGGCCAUGAUGAGAUCUCGAGCUUCAUACCACCCUUGUGUGAAUGGUCGCAUGUUGAGCUACCUCUGGCCCGCUUCCUCCUUGCGCAUGGCUUUAUUAGAGUCGAAGCUCUGAUCCCCCUUGUCCAGGACCUGCGCCAAGUUGUGCAGCGCCUGUUUCGCCGCCUGUUUUCUGUAGCGCCGUCGUGUGGGGGUCCCUCCUACCUCCACGAAACGGGCUCCCUUGUGAACUGGGCCGGGGAGGCCCUGGUAGACGAAAUAUCAAAGCAGUACGACUUCAUGCAGGAGGUGAGUAUGAGCAUGCCCCCCUCACCUCAAUAG